AUGGCGGGUUUUCUGGCAUACCACGAACCUGGUAUUGUCGAGAUUUUGAUUAUCAUAUCAUUCUUCUUCCUUCUAUCAUUAGCGGAAUGGAUUUCGACUAAGAUCAUUCGUGCCGGUAUUAUUGGCCAAAUUGCGGUUGGGAUUAUUUAUGGAAAACCUUUGGCCAAUAUCUUGGAAUACUCAUGGCAACAGACUUUCCUUGCCAUUGGGUAUGUUGGCUUGAUCUUGAUCAUCUUUGAAGGUGGCUUGCAAGUGAGACUGGAUUUAUUGAAGGAAAACUUUCUUCUUAGCAUCCUCGCUGCAGCAACAGGUGUCUGCUUCCCAAUCGGUCUUUCUUACCUGCUGUUAUACUUGGGAUUUGGAUACGGUGCAGUUGAGACGUUCAUCAUUGGAGCUGCACUCUCGGCGACUUCCUUGGGCACUACUUUCUCCGUCAUUUCAUCAGCUGCGAGCGCGAUUGACCUUUCCCAAACCCGAGUUGGUUCGGUUCUUGUGAGCGCCGCUGUGAUCGACGAUGUGGUGGGCCUUGUGCUGUCUAGUGUCAUUGGAGACUUGAGGGAGCUUUCUGGCCCUGAUGCUGGCCAUGUCAAUCUUGGCUGGAUCAUCGGUCGACCAAUCGUAGCCUCUGCAGCCAUGGCAAUUCUCACGCCAGUAUUCACCAAAUGGAUCUUUGCACCGAUUUUUCGACGCUGGAUCGAGCACAAGUUUGCAAAGUUCGACCACGUUUCGAACAUCCUGUUGAUGGUCUUGGUCUUGUCGGCCUUCAUUAGUAUCGCCGCAUAUGCAGGCACAUCGGUCCUCUUCGGUGCUUUUCUUGCUGGCACAUUUCUCACAUACUUGCCGAGCAAGCAUCCCGAUGGUCCUUUUGUCGUGAUGAGCCGGGAAGAAGGUGAGCGGAAUGCCGACAAGAGUCCGAAAUUCAUUCACACGUUCGAAUUGUACCUCUUGGAUACUCAAAAGUAUCUCAUGGAGCCACUCUUCUUUGCCAGUAUUGGAUUUGCAAUUCCUUUCGUGGAACUCUGGACAGGAGAACGAAUUUGGAGAGGAAUCGUGUUCACAUUGCUCAUGGCUUUUGCGAAGUUCGUUGUCGGGCUGUGGAUUCCUGGCUGGAAAUUCCUGGGCUCGUCAAAGGGUCGUUCUGGUGCAGCCCUUGAUUCACCGACAAUCAAAAACGACGAAACUGGAUACGGUCCGGCAUCGCUUGCUGGGCUACUUCUUGGCUCGGCGAUGGUCGCACGAGGUGAGAUCGGCCUUCUCAUCAUAGAAGUUGGGUAUAAUGAAACAAGCUAUGUGAGUCAAGAUGGCUUCAUCACGGCAGUUUGGGCUAUCCUCCUUAAUACCAUCAUCGGUCCCGUCAUCGUGGGUAACUUGGUCAAAUAUCGUGGGAAACGGAUCGGAGAGGGCGAAUGGGGUUUGCAAACACAAGAGCAGCCCUUGAUACCAAAUCCCAGCCGACCCCAGGCAUGA